AGAUACCAGAUAGUCUUUGAGCCGCAUUCAGGUGAUGAAUAUUCAAUGAAUACGGGACUAAUACAAGGAAAUACCACUAUGGAAAACAUAAUCUUGAAGGAUACAUCGUCGGUGCCGGAAACACAGGGCCAAGGGCAGAUCUUUGACAGUAGUCACAACCAAGACCAAGUUCCGGACCAAGGACAAGUACCAGGACAAGUACCAGGACAAGGACAAGCCCAGGGAAAUGAACAAGGACAAGGACAUAACCAUGGAGAAUUAGAACGGGAGGAUGAGACACUGAAAAAGGCACCAAAAAGAAAAAAGAAAAAAGUUGAAAUGGCGUGUGUGUAUUGUAGAAGAUCACACAUGAUUUGUGAUGAUACGAGACCAUGCCAACGAUGUAUUAAAAGAGGAAUAGGUCACCUUUGUUACGAUGAACCGUCGAACAAUAGACAACGACAGAAGGCUGCUGCAAGAACUAAGAAACCCGAUCUUGCAACAUCUGAAUCGUUUUCUCCACAACCUGUUUCACCAUCCACAGGUUUAAAUACACCCAACAACGUGUCAAAGGGAUUCGCAGACCUUAACCAACAACCGAUCAUACAUCCAACUCAUGGACAAGAUAGAACCAAUCAAAAUCAACAUUCAUUGCAACCCAAAACGAUAUCCAACUCAGUUUUGUCUCAAACCCUUCCAUAUAAUCAAGAGACAUUUUUUUACUCAGAACAUGCUGGCAGUGAAUUCAGUUCUUUAAAUGAUUUUUUGUCCAUGAUUGAUGAUCCAGAGUUGGUUAAUGGGAACCUUCAUGAUACAAACAACAAUAAUGACCCAUUACUUCAAUUUGGAAUGCAAGCUAGUGUUGCUGCUAACAAUGUUACUACCAAUACAAAUCAAAACAAUAGCGGAGGAGCAAUAGGUGACAUUACUAACGAUAACAAUGCAAGUUUAACAAACCUCCUAGCAUUUUCUCCCAACAGUGGUAUGUUUUCAAAUAAUUUGGGUGACAUGAAUGUAAUACAUUCCCAACCACAACAACAUCAACAACAACAACCACAACAGCACCAACAGCAGUCUCACCAUCCAUUAUCACAGUCUCAAUUUAGAGAACAACAAUCUCCAUCGAUACAGAAUAGACAGAUGAACCAAUCGAAUCAGAAUCAAACUUUAACAAAAUCGACAUAUAAUUACCCCAAACCGUCUACGUUACUGUCAAAUUCUAGUUCUCACCAGCCAGUGAUAUCUGAUUCAGCAAGGGAUAAGUUUUUCCUCACAGCUGCAGAUCCUACCACAGAAAUUUCACCAGAAGAAAGAUUGAAACAGGUUAUUAAGGCUAAGUUAGAAGCCGGACUUCUUCAACCAUACAAUUACGCAAAGGGUUAUGCAAGAUUGCAAAGUUAUAUGGAUAAUUACAUGAAUAUCUCUAGUAGACAGCGGAUUUUGAAACCUCUUUCAAUUUUUAGACCGGCAUUUCGAGCCAUUGCUAGAACAUUGAAAGAUGUGGAUCUUGUCUUGGUUGAAGAAAGUUUCGAGAGAAUGUUGCUUGACUAUGAUAGAGUAUUUACGUCCAUGGCGAUUCCUGCAUGUCUCUGGAGACGUACUGGUGAAAUUUAUAGAGGAAAUAAAGAAUUUGCAUCACUUGUGGGGGUUCUGGCUGAUGAUUUGAAGGAUGGGAAACUCGCAAUUUAUGAAUUAAUGAGUGAAGAAAGUGCAGUUAACUUUUGGGAAAAAUAUGGAGCUAUUGCGUUUGAUAAGGGUCAAAAGGCAGUCUUGACAAGUUGUAAUCUUCGUACCAAGGAUGGGAUAAAAAGGAAAAGUUGCUGUUUCAGUUUUACUAUUAGAAGAGAUAGGUAUAACAUUCCUAGUUGCAUUGUUGGAAAUUUUAUCCCGAUAGAUCCUUCUACAUAAGUCUUCCUUUCUUAAAGUGUUGUAAUUAUUUAAAAUAUUGUAGUAUAUACUAAUUAUCCAAUAAGUUAUCAAUAAUAUAUAUAGACAUAUAUGCCAUUUCAAAU